CAAACACAGCCGAGAGGUUCCCAGCCGGCACAGAAAAUUCCCCUCCCCCGGUGAAAAUUGAUACAAUGGUGACGAGCUGCGCGUGCGCCGAGACUGCCUGGUUGACUGGUUACUUCUGGGUUUCUCCAGAUCGCAACAAACAGACGGAGGGAGAGAGGGAGCGGAGCGCCCGGGGAGCGGAGACCACGGCCGCAGGCUCAGUGUUUGCCGAGGACGAACGAACGAGUUUCCUUAGAAGAAGAGCUUGGACGGUAUGCAAAGUUGUGAAAUAUCUUCAGACAGUGCAGAUGAUCCUCUCAGUCGUGGCUCACAGGGAAAGCGACAACCUCGAAUAGUAGUCGUUGGUGCUGGUCUCGCUGGCCUUUCUGCUGUCAAACUACUUCUGGUGAAUGGGUUCACUGAUAUCACUGUUCUAGAGGCAUCAGAGCGAAUCGGAGGCAGAGUCCAAAGCAUUAAACUUGGCUGCGCUACAUUUGAUCUUGGAGCAACUUGGAUUCACGGUGCUCAUGGGAACCCGGUUUAUCAGCUAGCAGAAGAACACGGACUCCUUGAAGAAACUACAGAUGGAGAACGCAGUACUGGCCGUAUCAGCCUCUACUCCAAGAAUGGGGUUGCACACUACUACACCAGCAGUGGUCAGAGAGUACCCAAGGAUAUCAUUGAAGAAUUCAGCGAUGUAUACAACGAGGUCUACAACCUGACACAGGAGUUCUUCCAACGGGGGAGGCCCGUUGGUGCAGAAAGCCAAAACAGCGUUGGUGUUUUCACAAGAAAUGGGGUACUCAAGCGCCUCAAAGCAAAUCGCGAUGACUCGGGAAUCAGCAAGAAGCUGAAGCUGGCGAUACUCCAUCAGUUCUUGAAGGUUGAAAGCUGUGAGAGCAGUUGUCACAGUAUGGACGAAGUGUCCCUGAGUGAGUUUGGUGAGUGGACCGAAAUUCCCGGCGCCCACCAUGUCAUUCCAAGCGGCUUCAUUAACAUAGUGGAGAUUCUGGCACGGGAUAUCCCCAAGUCGGUCAUCCAGCUGAACAAGCCAGUGAAGCGCAUUUACUGGAAUGGCUCGUUCAAGAAGGAAAUCCACUAUAUCAACAGCACCCUCCUCAACCACAACCUUGACGGCCAGGAGGAGGAGGAGGGCUACCAGGUGUGGGUGGAGUGUGAGGAUGGUGAGUUCAUCCUGGCCGACCAUGUGAUUGUCACCAUGUCGCUCGGCGUGCUGAAGAAGUAUCAUGAGACCAUGUUCCACCCUCACCUCCCAGAGGAGAAGGUCUCGGCAAUUCAGAUGCUGGGGAUCAGCACCACGGACAAGAUCUUCUUGGAGUUCGAAGAGCCCUUCUGGAGCUCCGAGUGCAACAGCAUCCAGUUUGUGUGGGAGGACGACGCAGAGAAUGAGAGCCCGGUGUACCCACAGGACCUGUGGUACAAGAAGAUCAGCAGCUUCGACGUGCUGUACCCUCCCGAGCGAUAUGGCCACGUGUUGAGUGGUUGGAUCUGUGGGGAAGAAGCCAUCAUCAUGGAGAGAUACGAUGACGAGACGGUGGCAGAAACGUGCACAGAGCUGCUGCGAAAGUUUACAGGCAAUCCACACAUUCCAAAGCCCCGGAGGAUCCUGAGGUCAAAAUGGGGCAGCAACCCUUACAUCCGUGGCUCAUACUCCUACACUCGAGUUGGAUCAACAGGAGCAGAUGUGGAGAAACUUGCAAAGCCACUCCCUUACCCAAAGAGCACAAAAGCCCCUCCUAUGCAGAUUUUAUUUGCUGGGGAGGCAACUCACAGAAAGUUCUACUCAACUACACAUGGUGCUUUGCUUUCUGGUGAGCGUGAGGCUGGGCGUCUCAUAGAAAUGUAUCAAGACCGCUACCAAGGAAGAGAAGAUGAGAAGACUAAUAUGUGAGAUCUUACACAGAUUGGAUGAAGAGCGUGUGAUUAAUGUAUUUUUUCUUAAAGUAGAAUGUUAUAGUCUUGUUUAAUAAGGGGAUGUUAAAAUCAUUUUUAACUGGAUAUAUACAAGAUAAGCACAUUCUGGUAAUGCUUUGGUCAUAUAAAUGUUUACACUUAGGUAAUAGUUUAAUUUUUAAAUUAAUACACUUCUAACCUCAGAUUGAUUUUCUGCAAAUUGAAUGCCUUCCUUUACUAACAGUCCAGUGCAAUGCUUUCGGGAUACUAUAUUGCUGAGGUGCCGUUUCUUAGAUCAGAUGUUAAGUGCCAUUUGCCUUCUCAGGCCAAUGCAUUGUACUGAGGUAGGAUUAGAUGAAUAUGUGCUGAAAUUACUGCAGUGUGAUGACUGGCACCUCCCAGAGGCUGAAAAUAAUCGGUGAGCCAGUAGCAUCUGUUGAAGAACUAGAGAUGGCAGAUGUUGGAGUAUGGAGAGGGAGAGAAACAAAAACCCAAGGGGCUGGAGGAACCCAACAGGUCAAGCAUCAUCUGGAAAGAAAUGGACAGUCAACACACAUAAAAGUUGCUGGUGGACGCAGCAGGCCAGGC